CAACCACCUACCUCCUCCAGGCCCCAACCCCUCCACAGCACUCCAAGCCUUCAAUCUCACACACGUUUGGCGUUCAAAGGUUGGCGUUUCCUUGGCAUCAUUUAUAUGGAAUCAAGCUUUUUCUACUACCCUCAAUUAAUUCCUGGCCCUCCACCCUCCUCAUAAACCCUCCAUUACUACAAAUUUCCACAGUAACUUUAAAGAACCCAAGUUUGAACUCAACUUUCCUUAAUUUGGGGUGCUAGUGGGAGCAAACGUAGAUUUUGCCUUUUCUUGGCUGAUUUCAAGAAUCCACUUUUUUGACCCAGAAUAAGUAAGUUCCGGACUUGGCUCAAAGAUUGCAUCUUUUCCCUGAAAAUUUCACUGGUUGAGUUAUGGAGGGGGAUAAUAGUGGCGUUGAGUCCAAGUCAAAGAUGGAAGACUAUGAAUUGCUCGGGCAGAUUGGGAAAGGGGUUCAUGGAACAUCAUUUCUCGUUCUUCACAAAGCUGAGGAUAGGAAGUAUGUUCUUAAGAAGAUUCCAUUGACAAAACAGACUGAGACGCUCAAGCGGGCUGCAUAUCAAGAGAUGAGUUUGAAUGCUAAACUAAGCCACCCAUACAUUAUGGAGUACAAAGAUGCCUGGGUGGAAAAGGGAAAUUAUAUAUGCUUCAUUACGAAUUACUUUGAAGGCGGAGAUAUGGCAGAGAUUUUAAGAAAAUCCAGAGGAGCACUGUUCCCGGAAGAGAAACUCUGCAAAUGGCUGACUCAAUUACUAUUAGCUGUGGAUUAUCUGCAUUCCAAUAGAGUUCUCCAUAGAGAUCUGAAGUUGUCCAACAUUUUCAUUACAAAGGAAAGUGAUGUCUGUCUUGGUGAUUUUGGAUUUGCAAAACUUAUGGAUGCAAAAGGGGUCACUUCCUCGGUCAUUGGUACUCCAAACUACAUAUGCCCUGAGCUCCUCUCUGAGAAGCCAUAUGGCUAUAAAUCUGAUAUUUGGUCACUGGGCUGCUGCAUGUUUGAGAUUGCUGGCCAUCAACCACCAUUUAGAGCUUCAGACAUGGCAACCCUCAUCAAUAAGAUAAACAGGGGCACUUUAUCACCACUUCCUAUUAUAUACUCUUCCACUUUGAAACAGAUAAUAAAAACCAUGCUAAGGAAGUGUCCAGACCACCGACCAACAGCCGCGGAAUUACUGAGACAUCAACAUUUGCAACCUUUUCUUCUUCGAUGCCAAAACCUUCCCUCGGUGUUUCUCCCUGUGAAGUCUCCUAACAGCGCAAAGGAGAAAACAGGGAAGGCUUCUCCUAGCAACUCUACUAGCAGUGGCAAUGACACCAAACACAGACGACUAAGGUUCAAAGAUAGCAUGCCAGUUUUCCCGGUCGAUCAAAGUCCAGAUACCCAACCAAGCAGCAGCAGAUCACGAAAAAAUGUUGACCUUAUCAUAGAAGCCGAACUCGAGACUAGGCGGAUUGACCAAAAAACCCGUUCUCCUAAAAUCUCUGAAUGUAGUGAUGAAGAAAGCUUAAGUACACCAAUGUCAUCUGCUUCAGUCCUCCCACCAAACUUGAACCAGCAUGAAGUAGCAAAUGAAGAUUCUCAUCAGCUCGUGCAGAGAGAUGGUGGCGGGGUAGAAGAGACAGAAUUUGAUGAGAAGACACGGAGGAGGAAUUCAUUGCUGAGUAAACUGACUGCAUUGGCUGAGAGCAAAGAUGAGUGGGGAAAUCCAACCAAACAGAGAGCCGAUGCAUUGGAGUCUCUUCUUGAGCUAUGUGCGCAGCUGAUCAAGCAGGAGAAGCUUGAUGAGCUCUAUGGUGUGCUCAAACCAUUUGGAGAUGACGGGGUUUCGUCAAGGGAAACAGCAAUCUGGUUGACUAAAACCCUCAUGAGUUCUCAAAAGUUCCCCAAGGGGUCCUGAUUCUGCUCCACUUUUGUAAUUUGUAUAAUGUAGAUUUUAGUUUCUUCUUAAAAUGGUUUGACCUUUACUAAUUUUUUAUGGAGGGUUUAAUUAUAUAAAGUGUGAAGGACUGGAUAAUGUGAAAUUGUAUUUCUAGGGUAUUUUUGUUUUUGUGUUUGUGAGGGCCAUGUAAAUCAGGAAAUAUGUGAACUAAGUUAUUUACAAGGUAUGGUUUGGAUUGCGUCAUGUUGAGUAGUUAUUGUUGUGAGACUGAUAAAUUCUUUUCUGC